AGCCAAGGGGGAGAUGACGUUGGGCUCUUGGUGCCGCCGGUGCCCGGAGCUCCUGUGCGUCGUCGUCCUCCCGCCGCUCGGCGUCUACCUCCGCCACGGCUGCUACACCAUGGGGUUCUGGAUCAGCGUGCUGCUCACCAUCCUCGGUUACCUCCUGUUCUUUCUCGAGGCCCACUUCUUCAUGGGCUACGCCUUAUGCGUCGUGUACGCCGUCUGGUUCCUCGUCCACGUCUACCGUGACGGCCUCCCCCACAACGGCGACGACUAUGAUGAUGAUGAUGAUGAGCCCACAGGUGCCACCGCAAACCUAUCCUACGUCUUCGUUGCCUGACGAACCAGCAAAACCGUGGCCACCCCGUAGUGCAUCGCCUGCAUUUAUCUUUGUAUGGACCUUGCCCUUGCAAACACUAGUUGGGACGGGGCCUUUAGCCCCGGCCCGUAAGGGGAUUUAGUCCCGAUUCAUCAA